AUGGGCCAGAAGGUCUCACACAAGGACAACCCACAGAACAAGGCUGAAACCAUCAUCUGUGUAGUCUUCAGCUGAGGUGUGGUCCACAUAUCCCAAAGACUGAAGAACUACCUUGGAUCCCCAAAUUCCAGCCAGCCACAAACAUGCUGAGUGAGAUUUUUGGUCAACUUCAUCAGCUUCUGCCUGAAAAAGGGAAUGGAGGAGGGCAUCACAACUGGCACAAUGACCAAGCAGCAGCCCUCCCUGUUUGGGGUGGACUGGAUUUGGACCCUGUCUGGAGCUGACAAGCAAAUCAAACUUCAACUUGCCAUGCAGGCUUUACAGCUGGCUGAGCUUUUCCAUAGUGAGGUGGUGGUGGAGGAUUGCUGCCUGGAAGCUGCACUGACAGACGAGCGCUUCCAGAACAGGAGCAGGUUUGAGAAGCUGGUGGAGUUGGUGGGAUGGGACUGCCUGGGCUUGUUCAUCAUGUUCUCUAUUCCAGGGAAGCCCAAGGACAUCCAAGGAGUCAUGCUAGACAGCAUUGCCAAGGAGGAGCAAAACUACCGCCUGUCGGGCAGGGAUGCACUGUGGCAAUUUGGCACCAGUACUGACGGCUUCCUGCUCACAGACAUGUUGGAAAACUGCCUUGGUACAGAAACUGGACUGAAGGAGGUGGGCAGCAUGUACAUAAGCUUCCUGUAA